CGGCAGGCCGGGCCAGGCGGCGCUCUAGGCCGUCUCUCUAUGGCGCUGGCUGUUGCUAGGCGGUGCGGGGCCUAGGCCGCGGCGGGUCGGCGCCGCCAUGGCCGCCAUGGCCUCCGGCGCGGCGGCGGGUCCGGCGGACGGGCCGUGCGUGCUGUGCUGCGGGGAGCUGGAGGUGGUGGCGCUGGGCCGCUGCGAUCACCCCAUCUGCUACCGCUGCUCGGUGCGGAUGCGGGCCCUGUGCGGCGUGCGGUACUGCGCCGUGUGCCGAGAGGAGCUGGGCCAGGUUGUCUUUGGCCGCAAGCUCACCUCCUUCUCAAGCAUAGCACUUAGCCAGCUGCAGCAUGAGAAGAAAUAUGACAUUUAUUUUAUGGAUGGAGAUGUUUAUGCACUGUACAGGAAGCUGCUGCAGCAUGAAUGCUCUUUGUGUCCAGACCUGAAGCCAUUCAACACCUUUGCAGAUCUGGAGCAGCACAUGAGGAAGCAGCAUGAACUCUUUUGUUGCAAACUCUGUGUUAAACACCUCAAGAUCUUCACCUACGAGCGGAAGUGGUAUUCCCGGAAGGAGCUGGCCCGGCACCGCAUCCACGGGGACCCGGACGACACCUCCCACCGGGGCCACCCCCUCUGCAAGUUCUGCGACGAGCGCUACCUGGACAACGACGAGCUGCUGAAACACCUCCGCAGGGAUCACUACUUCUGCCACUUCUGUGACUCUGACGGCGCUCAGGAGUACUACAGUGACUACGAGUACCUUCGGGAGCACUUCCGUGAGAAGCACUUCCUGUGCGAGGAGGGUCGCUGCAGCACGGAGCAGUUCACCCACGCCUUCCGCACCGAGAUCGACUACAAGGCUCACAAAACCGCCUGCCACAGCAAGAGCCGCGCCGAGGCGCGCCAGAACCGCCACAUCGACCUGCAGUUCAGCUACGCUCCCAGGCACCAGCGCAGGCCCGACGGUGUUAUAGGUGGAGAAGACUAUGAAGAAGUGGACAGGUACAACAGGCAGGGGAGGUCAAGCAGGCUGGGUGGCCGAGGGAGUCAGCAGAACAGAAGAGGCAGCUGGAGGUACAAGAGAUCUCUGUGUGGCCAGACUGAGUGCUUUGGAAAAAGAAGAGGGGAGGAGGAAGACAGGGAUGUGGCAGCAGCAGUCAGGGCAUCAGUAGCAGCCAAACGGCAAGAGGAGAAGAAACGGGUGGAGGACAAAGAGGACAGCAGCAGCCGAGGCAAAAAGGAGGAGCUGAGGGAUUCCGAGGUGCUCAGCUCCAAGCGUGUGCCAAAGCCUUCAAAUGAUGCUGCAGAAGCAGCUGCCAAUGGUGCUUUAAGCCAAGAUGACUUCCCAGCCAUUGGUUCAGCACUGGGAUCUCUACAAGGCUCUGCCCAGCUCUCAGCAGUUAAGCUUAAGGAAGAAGAUUUCCCAAGCUUGUCAUCUUCUGCAGCACCCACCACCAUCUCUUCUGGGAUCUCUUUGACCUACACAGCCACUGCAAAGAAAACUGCUUUCCAAGAAGAGGAUUUCCCAGCCUUGGUGUCCAAAAUAAGGCCCAACAAUAAAACAGUCCCCAGCAUCACAUCUGCCUGGAACAAUGGUUCCAGUAAAAACGUGGUCAAAGCCAUUAGCACCCCCUGCAUCAACCAGCCAGCCAAAAAACCAUCCCUGAACACCUCUAAGGGGAGCAAGAAGAGCAGUAAGCUCUCCCAGUCCGAUGAGGAAGAUGGUGGUAGUGGCUUGACCACCCAAGAGAUCAGAAACACGCCAACCAUGUUCGAUGUUUCAUCCUUGCUGGCAGCUUCUACCUCACAAACUUUUACCAAGGUGAGCAAGAAGAAGAAGAUGGUGGAGAAGCAGAGGCCAUCGUCCCCACACCCCUCCCAGGAGACAUCAGUUGCCAGGUCAUCGGCCGAAAAGCUGCCCGAGGCAGAGCGGCCACCGAGCGCCUCCUCCUCGGCUCUUCACGCCUCUGACAGACCCACAGCCCUCAUGAAUGGCCACCUGGAGAAGUCAUUGAGCAUCUGCAGUACCCCCAAAGAGCCUCCUGGCCUUAAAAAGCCCACAGUGACUAACAAGUGCCCUUUACCUCAGGAAGACUUCCCAGCUCUUGGGAGCUCAGGGUCCACUCGGAUGCCCCCACCACCAGGCUUUAACACUGUGGUGCUAUUAAAGAGUCCUCCUCCACCUCCAGGACUGUCGGUGCCUGUCAGCAAACCUCCCCCUGGCUUUGCUGUUAUCCCAUCCACCACUGUCUCUGAACCUCUCACUACAUCUUUGAAGGACAGGCCAAAAUCCUGUCAUGGAUCCUACUUGAUACCUGAAAACUUCCAGCAGAGGAACAUCCAACUAAUCCAGUCCAUCAAAGAGUUUCUUCAGAGUGAUGAGUCCAAGUUCAACAAGUUCAAAACUCAUUCUGGGCAGUUCAGGCAGGGUCUGAUCUCUGCAGCCCAAUACUACAAGAGCUGCCGAGAGCUGCUGGGGGAGAACUUCAGGAAGAUUUUUAAGGAGCUGCUGGUGCUGCUGCCUGACACAGUUAAACAACAGGAACUGCUUUCUGCUCACAACGACUUCAGAGUCAAAGAAAAACAAAGCUCCAACAAACCCAAAAAGAACAAAAAGAACGUUUGGCAGACGGACUCCAGCAACUCCGACCUCGACUGCUCCAUCUGCCCCACCUGUCAGCAAGUGCUGACUCAGCAGGACCUUGUCACCCACAAAGCUUUGCACCUGGAGGAUGAGGAGUUCCCCUCCUUACAGGCCAUCAGCAGAAUCAUCAGUUAGCUCUCCCCACGAGCCAUGAAGAACGGUGUCAAGUUGAUGAACCUGCACUGUUUUGGGCUUGAGGUUUGGUGGUGGUGGUGCUGAGGCUGCCAGCCACAGCGCUGGGCCUGGAGUGGGACAUGGAGCUGGGGAAUGGUGGUGGGGGGGUGCUGAUAGAGAACCCCCUCAGUGCUCUUCAUAAAUAAAAGGAAACAAAAGAAAAGGGGUGGUGGGACUGUGCAAGUUCAUGGGGACAGCCAACACCUUGGAGCUUCCAAAAGGCCUUGGGUAGAAUUUAGGCUGAAGUGGUGGGGAAGGGGCAGGCAUGGGGGUGGGGGCAGGCUGGGGCCACCUUGCUCCUGUAACACGCAAUAGCUGAGAAGAUGCUUUCUGAUCUGAUGGCUGACAGGGGACACACUAAGGGAAAUAAAAGAUCUGGUUUGGGGAUUUCUAUCUUGUUUGUGGGGAGUUUGGUUGGGUUGGGUUUGUCUCAGGUGUAGGGGUCAGGGUGUGGUUGGGUUGGGGUUGUCUUAGGUUGGGCUUUUUUGUUGGGUCAGAGGUUUUUUUUUCCUUGGGAUUGGGUCUUGGGUUGGGUUUUUUUGUUGAGUCAAAGUUUGGGUUGAGGUUGUCCUGGGUUAAGGUUUUUGAUUAGGGUUAGGGUUUUGAUUGGGUUGGUUUUUGGUUGAGAUUUGGUUGGGGUCUUGGGUUGGGUUUUUUUGUUGGGUUGGGUCUUGGUUUGUUGGGGUUUUUUUUUUGUUGAGUCAUAGUUUGGGUAGAGGUUGUCCUGGGUUAGAGUUUGAUUAGGGUUAGGGUUUUGAUUGGGUUGGUUUUUGGUUGAGGUUUGGUUGGGGUCUUGGGUUGGGUUUUUUUGUUGGGUUGGGUCUUGGUUUGGUUUUUUUUUUGUUGAGUCAUGGUUUGGGUAGAGGUUGUCCUGGGUUAAAGUUUUUGGUUGGGGUUAGGUUUUUCAUUGGGCUGUUUUUUGGUUGAGAUUUGGUUGGGUUGGGGUCUUGGGGUUUUUUGUUGGGUUGGGGUCUUGGGGUUUUUUGUUGGGUCAGAGGUUUUGGUUGGAGUUUUUGGCUGGGUGAGAGGCUUUGGUUGGGUUUUUUGGCUGGGUCAGAGGCUUUGCUGGGGUUUUUGGCUGGGUCAGAGGCUUUGCUGGGGUUUUUGGCUGGGUCAGAGGCUUUGCUGGGGUUUUUGGCUGGGUCAGAGGUUUUGGUUGGGAUUGGGUUUUAGUUGGGUCAGGGGUUUUUUGUUGGGUUGGGGUUGGUCUUAGGUUGGGGUUCUUGGUUGGAAUUCUGGUGGGUCUUUUUGGGUUGGGGUCUUUUUCAGGGCAGUUGAGGGAAGCUUAAGAACCACUGAAAUAACCAGAAGCAAAAUUGGCUUCUCUUCUAAUAUCCUGAGUUCAUUUUUGGUAGUGUGAGGAAGAUGCCAGCAAUCAGGGAAGGGUACAGAGGGGCAGGAGAUGCUUCACACUGCUACCAACACUUUAAGAGCUGCAAACACAGCAAGGCCCGGGGCGGGGGGGGGCUGCUCACAGCAAAGAGAAUUCCUGGCUGAAAAUGGGGGAGUUCAUUUUCUUUGAAGAACUGAACUCUGCUGCAUGCCCAGGAGAUGUGAAACUGCCUCUGAGUUUUUUUCCUGUAACUGUUUUUUCUGUCAACUGGUUUUGUGGCACUGCAUGUACAGAGGGAGGCUUUCUCCUGGUUGUAAAGCUCACUUCCCAGUGAUUUAAUUUCAAGGCUGCCAUGGUUCUCAUUUCUUGGAUGUAUUUGCUGGUGGUAGCUCCAAACAACGGCCUGUUGGGACAUUAAAUGCUGCUGCUCACUGA